AUGGCACCGCGUGGCUCCUACAGCUCUUUCCAGGGCAGUGUGGGCGAGCGCUUGGGGAUGGACACCUUUGCCCCACGGGCCCAUGCCAGUGACCCUUCUCUGGGAUACUCACAGGGCACUAGGGGAGCACAGCCCCACAUGCUGCUCGAGGAGGCCAUCGGAGACAGGGAGUUCCCAUCCCUGCAGCCGGCCUACGACAUGCUCAGGGAGGAGAAUGCCAUGCUCAGGAGGGCGGUCGGGAGCGUGCAGGGCUCCUUGGAGAGCCAGGCGUGCCCAGUGCAGACGCUGGAGAGGCAGCUGAAGGCCAGCCUGGCCAAAGAGAGGGAAAUCCAAAAGCUACAGUCCUUUGUCCAGCAGGCUGAGUGGAGUCUCCAGCUAACGACCCAGAGGGCUCUGGAAGCAGAAAGCAAUGUGGAGAAGCUGAAGCAGGAGAUCUUUAUUCUCCAGGAAGAGCUGGAGAGCUCCAAGGUGGAGAACGAAAACCUAAGAACGGGCCAAAUGACUGACCUGGGGGCAGUGAAGCACAACACAGACUUCACCUUGCAGAGCCUCCAUGAGAUCAUAACGGGUGCGAACUGGUCCGUCAGACAGCUCACCGCUGGAGUGGAGUCGCUGCAUUUUGUUGCUGACGUCCUCAAAUCUACUGGCAAAAUUUUCAAAGUCGAAGCAGAAAAAGAGCUAUCAACUCAAUUCUCUGUGGGUCCUACGGAUGGGUGUAUGGACCGAAACC